GUAUGCAAUGUACAAGAGAAGCUAACAUACAUAGUCUACUUGAAGAAUAUAUAGUAGUGUGUGAGGUUUGAGAAAAUGGCCAUGGGAAGAGGCAGUGUUAAUCUUGUUCUCCUCUCCUUUUUGCUCGUCAUGAUAUGCGCGCCGCGUCGCACACUCGCCGACACCCACAUCGUCGGAGGUUCGCAGGGAUGGGGAUUCUCCGUCUCGUACGACAGCUGGGCUGGCGGGCAGAGCUUCGCUACUGGCGACACCCUCGUAUUCAAAUACCAAGCGGGGCUCCACAACGUCGUGCCCGUGGGCGCGGCGGGUUACCGAAGCUGCAAGGCUUCGUCGUCGGAGGCCUCGCGGGCGGCGACGACAGGCGACGACAAGUUCACUCUGAAGAAAGGGUCCAACUACUUCAUCUGCAGCAUCCCGGGGCACUGCGCCGCCGGCAUGAAGAUCCAAGUCCUCGCCCAGUGAGCAGCCGAUCCCGGCCCGGCCCGGCUCGACCCGACCCGAAAAGAAAUAUCUUGGGCUUUUAUAAUAUAAAUAAUGAGCACAACAUGGGCCAUAUAUGAACUACUACUAGUAUUGCUAAUAACUUUUCAUUUCACUGUUUAUUAUAAUCAGGUGUGAAACUACAUAAUGUAAUAGCACUGUGAGUGGUGGUAAUAAAUGUAUUUCCUAGUUGCAAGUAAAAUGCAACUCUACUAACUAUA